AUGAACGCAGACGCAGCCACACACAAGGCCGAGGAGUUAAGGAGGCAGAUCUCGCGGACUGAGAAGGAACUCCAAGAUCUGCGCGCCCAGCUCCAAGAGCUCGAGUCAUCGUCAACGAACGGCCGCCAUGAUCACAUCCCGGAGGAGUCCGGAAGCGGAACGGCAACGGCACCGGCCCCGGGAUCGAAGUGGCCCUUGAAGGAAGAAGAGUACGCCCGCUACGGCCGCCAGCUGAUCCUGCCCAGCAUCGGCAUCAACGGCCAGCUGCGCCUGAAAUCCAGCUCGGUCCUCAUCAUCGGCGCCGGCGGGCUCGGAUGUCCCGCCGCCGCAUACCUCUCCGGCGCCGGCGUGGGAACCCUGGGCAUCGUCGACGGCGACACCGUGGAAGUGUCCAACCUGCACCGGCAGAUCGCGCACAGCACCUCGCGCGUCGGCGCGCCCAAAGUCGACAGCCUGGCGCAGUACUCUCGCGACCUUAACCCGGAGGUCGCGUACCGCUGUCACGGGGAGCACCUGACGCCGCAGAACGCCGAGGCCAUCGUCUCGCGGUACGACGUGGUGCUGGACUGCACGGACCACCCAACGAGCCGGUACCUGAUCUCGGACGUCUGCGUGCUGCUGCGCAAGCCGCUCGUCUCGGCGUCGGCGCUGCGCACCGAUGGCCAGCUCAUCGUGCUGAACAACCCGCCGGCGCCGCCGGGGGCCGCGGACGGCGGCGGGCCGUGCUACCGGUGCGUGUUCCCCAGGCCGCCGCCGGCCGACAGCGUGGUCAGCUGCGGCGAGGGCGGCAUCCUGGGGCCCGUCGUGGGCGUCAUGGGCGUGCUGCAGGCGCUCGAGGCGAUCAAGCUGAUCGCGGCCGGUAUCGGAAAGGGAGACAAUGCAGACCCGAAACAGUGGAAUGCGCCGAGCUUGCUCCUGUUCUCUGCGACAUCGUCUGAACCAUUUCGGUCGAUUCGCAUGCGGAGCCGGAAACCGAAGUGUUUCGCCUGCUCGGCUGAGUCGACGUUGACUUUGAAAGAACUGAAAUCCGGAUCGCUAGAUUAUGUCCAAUUCUGCGGCGUGUCGACACCGAUCAGCGUACUGAGACCCGAGGAAAGGAUCAGUGCUGCUGACUACAACGAUAUUCUGGCUCAGGGGCUCAAUACAACGAGCCUCCUGCUGGACGUCCGCGAGAAGGAGCACUUUGACAUUGCUAGCAUACCGGGGGCCAUUCAUGUGCCAUUCUCCGCGUUCCAGGCCAAGUAUCGGUCCACGACUGGUGGCGAGAAGCCGUCCCUUGAUUGGCUUCCUGAAGAGACGCCCUCGGAAGCCCCGAUCUAUGUCGUCUGCAGGGUCGGGAACGACUCGCAGCUAGUGGCCCGAAAGUUGAAAGAUAUGGGUAUCGACAGCGACGGAAAACGAUUCGUAGGAGAUAUAAAGGGGGGAAUGCGGGCCUGGAAACGAGAAGUAGACGGCACAAUGCCUUUCACAUAG